CCUCCAUUUCCUCCUCCUCCCUUCAAUCUCAAGAACAAACCCUCAUUCACAAUCCAUUCCCAGUUGAGUAAGAAAUGGCAGAAAACGGUGAAAACAACGCAGGCAGGCACCAAGAGGUUGGGCACAAGAGCCUUUUGCAAAGUGAUGCACUCUACCAGUACAUUCUUGAAACCAGUGUGUAUCCAAAAGAGCCAGAGCCAAUGAAAGAACUCAGAGAGAUUACUGCCAAGCAUCCAUGGAAUAUUAUGACGACAUCAGCGGAUGAGGGGCAGUUCUUGAACAUGCUGUUGAAGCUGAUCAACGCCAAGAACACCAUGGAGAUUGGUGUUUACACAGGCUACUCUCUCCUCGCUACUGCGCUUGCUCUUCCCGACGAUGGGAAGAUAUUGGCAAUGGACAUUAACAGAGAGAACUAUGAAUUGGGCCUGCCCGUGAUUAAAAAGGCAGGGGUUGCCCACAAGAUUGACUUCCGGGAAGGUCCUGCUCUGCCCGUUCUUGAUCAAAUGAUUGCGGAUGGGAAGUAUCAUGGGACAUUUGACUUCAUAUUUGUGGAUGCUGACAAAGACAACUACCUCAACUACCACAAGCGGCUUAUUGACCUAGUCAAGAUUGGUGGGGUGAUCGGCUACGACAAUACGCUAUGGAACGGGUCUGUGGUGGCUCCACCAGAUGCACCCAUGAGGAAGUACGUUAGAUACUACAGGGAGUUUGUUCUGGAACUCAACAAGGCUCUCGCUGCCGAUCCAAGGAUCGAGAUUUGCCAGUUGCCGGUGGGCGAUGGGAUCACUCUGUGUCGCCGAAUCAGCUGAUCACCCAAUUAAGUUUCAAGUUGCUAUUUCCCUUUAUUAUUUUUUCAACAUGUGAUCUGUACUUGUAUCUCAUGAUAAUGUGGAUGCGUAAAGCUCAUAAGUCUGAUUUAUACCAAACACCCCUCUAUCUAAUAUUUUGUAUUGGAUUUGAGCUAUCUCAACUCCUCAUCUACUUACUGCUGCCCUUGGGCCAUUUAAUCAAGAAGCAGGCCCAUAUAAGUAUUUAUCUUUGCUCU